AUGGCGGCCUCUCAGCUGGCCGCACUGGAAGGUACGAACCCAGGAGCUGAGGGUCUGCCCGUGACUGCGACCAGCCCUGGCCUCCUGUACUCGGAGGGCCAGCGGCUGGCACUGGAGGCCCUGCUGAGUGAGGGCACCGAGGCGUUCGAGGCCUGCGUCCACCGCGAGGGCCUGCGGCCCUUUCUGAGUCAGGACGAGGUACGGGGCCUGGUAGCCACGGCCGAGGACUGGACCGCAGCCGCACAGGAACCCGGUGAGGUGGCCAGGGGAGCCGUCUUUGCCACCACUAACGGGGCCACGGGGGACAGCCUGACCUACUGGCCUGGCCAGUCAGAGGAGCCCACGCCCGUUCUGCAACUGGGUUGGCCCGAGGACGACUCCUGGAAGGGCAUCACGCGGGCCCAGCUGUACACGCAGCCCCCCGGGGAGGGCCAGCCCACCCUCAAGGAGCUGGUGCGUCAGGAGAUCAAGGCGGCCUCCAAGCUCGUGGCUGUGGUCAUGGAUGUAUUCACUGACCCGGACCUGCUCUUGGACCUGGCGGAUGCGGCCACACGCCGCUGGGUGCCCGUCUACCUUCUGCUGGACGGCAUGCAGCUGCCCGCCUUCCUGGACCUGGCCCGGCAGCUGGGGAUGAACCCCUGGAACACUGAGAACCUGGACAUCCGGAUCGUGCGUGGAUGCAGCUUCCAGAGCCGCUGGAGGAAGCAAGUGAGCGGCCACUUGCGAGAGAAGUUUGUGUUGCUGGACGGUAACAGGGUCAUCUCAGGGUCCUACAGCUUCACGUGGAGCGACGCCCGCCUGCACCGCGGCCUGGUGACCCUGUUGACUGGCGAGAUCACGGAUGCCUUCAGCCGCGAGUUCAGGACCCUGUACGCGGCCUCCUGGCCGCUACCUCCUGCGCCUGCGCCCACCACCCUCGGGGGGAUGCAGCUGUCCCGGAGCCCGCACCGCGUGGCCCACCGGCGCUCUGUGGCCCCCGCCCCGCCAACCAUGGAGCCCGGUGACCAGCUGUCCCAGCGCCUGGCUGCCUGUCGCCUGUGGGAGGGCGACAGGCCGGACCCCUCGGCUGCCCCAGGCCCAGCUCUCAGCGACAUACUGAGAAGCGUGCAGCGCGCCCGGGCCUCCAGCGGCCCCCCAACCAGGCCCAGUCGCUCCCUAUGGGACCUGAGCAGACUGUCCCAGCUCUCGGGCUCCAGUGAGGGCGACGAGCUCAAGAAGUCCUGGGGCUCCAAGGACACCCCAGCAAGGGCCCUGAUGCGGCAGCGUGGCGCUGGAGGGGGCCCCCGGGGUGAGGGGGACCCCCGCCCGCUGGCCCUGCCCCGGAUCCCUCCUCGCCUGCGCUAUCUCUCCCCUACACGGAGGAGGUUUGGGGAGGAUGCCUCAUCCAAACUGUUGGACCCUCGAAGCUUCCGGCAGCCCGACUGGGCCGCUCAGGGCGGACGUCGGGGGAGACCCUAA